AUGGACGGGGACGUAUUAAUGGGGCCCGGAGGCCAGAUGACUUGGGUCAAGCUGCCAGCAUUUGAUACACGUCUUGUCAACACAAACAGAUCUUGCCAACAACCAAGAGCCAUUAGACCCGCGUACGUGUGCGCCUACAAUCGAGUCUCCAAGUCGUGCACCUCCGCUUGCCCCUGCCGUUCACUUCUGUUGCUAGCCCGAUUAGGCCCCAAUUCCGGUCGUCAACUGCCCUGCCCUGCCCCGUCCCGUCCCGUGCCAUCCCACCCGGCUGUCCGGGCCAGGCAGCCUCUGCAAACCGGCCGAACUCUUCUUCAUCCAGCCAGUUUGGUCAAUUUCACACGGGGCCAGUUUGACUUUUUGAUUUAA